UCUCAGUUCCAGCAUGGCGUUAUUGUAGCAGUGGACUCCCGGGCCACAGCGGGCUCCUACAUCGCCUCGCAGACGGUAAAGAAGGUGAUUGAAAUCAACCCGUACCUGCUGGGUACCAUGGCUGGAGGAGCUGCAGACUGUAGCUUCUGGGAGCGCCUGCUGGCCCGCCAGUGCCGCAUCUACGAGCUUCGCAACAAGGAGCGCAUCUCCGUGGCUGCGGCCUCCAAGCUGCUCGCAAACAUGGUGUACCAGUACAAGGGCAUGGGACUCAGCAUGGGAACCAUGGUGUGUGGCUGGGACAAGAGAGGGCCAGGUAAAUACAACAGCUGCAUAUGACACACAGAUAUGACC